AAAAUAUGAUACAACAAUAAAUAUUCAACAGUUAAGUAUGUCGAUUUCUUCAUCUAUAUCAUCUUCAUCAAUUAUGUUUAGUGUUGGUGCAGCGUCCUUCCACCACCUUCGAGUCUCUCUUUAUUUGGCUUUGAUAUUUUAAUCUGCUCUAAAACUCCUUUCCACUCUCGUACUCGCUUUGGUUUCCACUCCAAACUUAGAAGCUGCUGUUAUGUUGCUAUUUUGUUUUGACUUUAUGUAAGGUCAAAUCAGAUAAUUCUGCCAUAUUGACUGUUGUGUGUGGAAGAACAAUUAAAAUAAUGUUGUUUUAAUUUUUUUAAAUGAAUCGAUUCGAACGACUAUGAUGAGAUUAUAUGAUUCAAAUGCCAUGCAUGCGUAGGUAAGUUGCAAUGCAAGGACUUCAGCCUGUUACAAACGUCAUAAGAAAUACAAACAAACAAAAUAAACAUUACGUAGCUACAUUUUAUUAGAAGUAAAAAUAUGGCUCGAGCAAGUGGUCACUAUCCCUUUAAAAUGCGCCAUAAAACAGACUUGAUUAGUGUCAUCAAAGGUCAUCAUGUUUACAAGCCGAUGUGGUCCUCUACAAUCGGUGAAAUUCUCUUUACUGCUCCUGACUCAAGAGAAGAGGCUCAUACUGUGUUGGUGUGUAUCGAGAUGAAGAACACGGGGUGCUGAUGGGGCAUGUACCUGUUGAGAUUUUUGUCAAUUUUGCAUAAAUUAGUUCUGGCGAAAAAAUUUUCUUUUUGAAAAAUAUUUCGCGAAUUUUUUCCUGGUCUUUUUUUGACUUACCGACUCUGGUUUUUAUUACCAAAAGUGAGUCGGUCAGAGGAUGCGAACACAACAUAUUUUUGAUGACGACCUAAUGACCCUACCAGAUGUUAUUGUUAUAGUGUGUGCCAAAAAACCCAAAAGAUGAGAUGCCCUAUUUCUUAUCCAAAUAUAUAUAUGGCAUAUACUGUAUACAUUUAAAAAAUUGUCUAUUUUAAAGUUUUUUAAUAAAAAACACCUUAGAAAUUAUAAAAAAUAUCUGCUUGCAUUUCAUCUUUACUGUGAAAAUAUGAAUGAAAUUCUCUUCAUCUAGGGUGGUAACUAAACUUGUAAUUAGGGUUGUUGGGGCUUUAAUUGGAUAAUUUAUUGACAGUCUUCCGAAGGAUGGCAAUGGUAGUGUCAGGAGGAAAAGUUUUAAAAUUCUACAAUCUCAGAUGCAUGGAAAUUGAUCUUCUCAUGCUAUUUCUUGUUACAUUAGUUAGAGAUUUGGAGUUAUUAGCGCGUUUUCAACUGACUUGCUUGUUUCCAAACAGGGCAUCUAGAAAUAAUUUACUUUUCAUGCAAAAUUAUCUAUGCAGCAGAAAUAAUUAUUACAUUUACUAUUUACAAAUUUCUUUGAUGUAUUUGGUUUAACAUUUUUUUACAGAUAAACAAAGAAAGGCUUAGACAAGUGAGCAAAGAAUUAAAUACAGGAAAUGUCAAAUAAAAAUGAUGAAAAAUGUUUGAACCGAGGUGGGGAAUAUUUUGAUCCUCGUAUUAUUGAGCAAUGCAUUAGGGCUGUUUGUUUGAUCAAAAUUCCAAAAAAAGGCAAUGCCUCUGGUUUCUUUGCAAACAUUAAGAUCAUUAAAAAAGAAACAGAGGAAGUUGAAGAAUGGAAAGUUAUUGUUACGAACAACCAUGUGAUUAAAAAUAAAAGUGUAGCAGAGAAAGCAGAAGUUUAUUUUAAUUUUGACCAACCAAUCAUCUUAGAUGAGAUGAAACAUUACAAGUUGAAGCCUGAGUUGCUUUUUCUUACUCAUGAGGAACCGCUUGACUUUACGAUUGUUGCUUUUGAAAGCAAUGAAAUAGAGGAACUUGGUAUUAUACCUAUUCCAUUUGAAAAAGUCGAUGAACCAAACAUUGGUGAUGUUGUGACAAUAUUUCAACAUCCGAAAGGAAAGCCGAAAAAAGGUUCAUCACAAAAAGUUGUUGAAAUUAGUUCGACCAACAUCUGCUAUCAUGCAGACACAGAUAAAGGCUCGUCUGGUAGUCCAGUCUUGCGAGAUUAUAAACUAAUAGCUAUCCAUAAAGGGGGAGUGAACAAGGGAUAUAAUUAUGGAACAUUGUGCAAUCAAAUCUUGGAAUAUCUUGAAACUGGCCAAUAUCGUCCUGAAAUUCAUCCUAUGAUGGUUGCUUAUCAAGCCUAUUUAAAAGUUCCAGGCGAUCUUGAUUUGCAGAAGGAUAUUGCAGCCUGUUUGAUGGAUUUUAAAAAUAGAAUUGUUGAAGAAGCAUUUGCAGGUCCUUAUCACAAAUACCCGUUUCUGCAUGUUCUUGGGCGCGCUUUUUGUGAAAGGGGUGUUAAGCCACCCUUGAAGAAAAUUAAUGAUGCAUUUGAGGCAUUUGGCAAGUAUGGCCUAAUUUUGGAUUUAGAUUCUGUGUUAAAAUCACCGUUUAAAGAAGGUGUAACAGCAGACAUCGCCUUCCAUGAUGGCAAUAACAAGAUGCAGGUUUUUAAAAAGAUUUCCAAUGAACUUGUAGACGAUGAACUCGUAGCAUAUUUUUUACUACCCUUUACUAGGGUUGUUAGAAUAUACCAGGACAAUAGUAUUUCACGCAAGUUUUUGGAAGUAUUAAUCAGAUGGAGUUCUGACAACCCUCCAGAAAUGGUAACAUGGCAGCGACUGCGUUCUCUUUUGUUGUUUUUUGAAUGUAAGGUUUUGGUGAAAGAGAUUGAAGAGAAAUGGGCAGUUGCAAAGAGAUAAUAACAUUCCACACCAUGUUUCAUUCGCGCAAGCAUUUCGUGUUAAAAGAUUCGUAUGAUGUGCUAACAUGGAUUAUGCUAUGCUGAUAAAGAUCGCCUGAUCGUUUGCGGAUGCAAUAACUUUUUACAUGGUAUACUCAAAAAAUUUUUUAUUUCUUAUAGAUUUUAGAUAACUUUUAGCUGGCAUAUUCUCUAUAUAGUUAUUUUCUAUAUAGGCUAUAUAUAUUUUUUUAUUUUUAAGGAAAUAUUUUCAAUAAGAAGGCUGGACUGAGGUAUUGAAACGGUACUUCAAUUUUCAACAUAUUUCAUUGCUUAAACUAUUAUUAAAAAAUACUCCAUCUUAUUGAUAAAUAAAAGUAGGCUAAAAAAGAGGGUCAGUAAUAAAUUUAAGUUGGAAAAAUAUAUAGUCACUUUACCGAUUUCUAUCGACUACAUUUUACCAACAUGGUCAUGUUUUGUUGACUAAUUUUUAGAUGGAUUUUUGAAAAAAAAAUAAAAUAAUAAAAUAUAUCAUAAAAUAAUAAACGUUUAUACACGCAGUAUAUGUAGAAUAUUUCAAAAUGUAAAUUGGGAAUCUUAUGUCAUUGUUUUGUUUUAGUUGUAUUUUAUACAUUUUAUCGGCACAUAAUUUUUAUUUAUUGAUUUUUCAGAAAUUUUAAAAAAUGUCUUGUUUAUUUAUAUAUUUCUUCCUUGAUUAUCCAAACAGUAGGAUAACAAAGGAUCAAGAAGUUAUCAAAUUAUAACUAAUAAUUUUUAGGUCAUGGGUGGCGUUUAAUCAAAAGAGGGUGUUCAAAAUCUACCAGUUUCUGACACGCCCGCCUGUGGACAAAAUCUCUAAAGUGCGCACGUGCUAACAAAAAACUUGUAGGCUUUAUGCGCUAUGGCAGAAAAUAGAGUCAUAUGGAAACAAGCCUUUAAGGAACGGCACACACCUGAAUACGAUAAAAGGGUCAAGGGUCAUGAGGUCAGCAGCAAUGCAAAGAAUUUGAAUCUAAGCGAGCGGAGUAACCUUAGUCCCAGGGCUCUCAGAAAAUUUGCUUAUAUUCCUUUGUACGGCCAGUUUGAAUUAGCCUGUAAUGUACAAUUAAGACAACCUUGUCCCCAGGACUUUUUAGGCUAUUUAGGCCGUCCAAAUAUAAAAAGCCUAACAAUUCGAGGAUGCAAUUAAGCAGGAUUUUUAAUAAAAAAUGAUAC